AUGCACAUAAAGGCAUCAAGCAACGACGGGAACGUUGAGAUUGUAGAUAAUCUUGAACACCAGCUGGGUACAAAAAGUGAAUGGUAUGACUCAUACAUACGUUUAUGCCAUGGUGACCUGGGCACACAAGAACGUCAUGACAGCACAACAUUCUUCCAUGCAAUUGAGAAUAGUAGUCAGAAUAGACUACAGUGGCUUGUGACAGUACCGGGGGUAUUCCACAUUCGGAUGGCAGCUGUUGAUGCCAUUUGGAGAACACAUAUUAGUGGACAUGCAUUGCAAUCAAAUGAAGGUGGCACUUACAAACUGUUUCAAACCCUCCACCCUCGAGACUUCACAAAACUUAGUAGGAAUCCAAGUUAUCGUAUGCUGAAUGACGGGAUCAUGCACCUCAUGACAGUGUGCUGGGAGCAGGUGCUUGGGAACAGCGAUCUGCAAGGAUUUUCUGAAACCGAACCGGCAUGGGAUACAAUCGAUGAUCUGGCACAUCAAAUCUUUAUCAAGCACUUUGCAGGAAACAACUUCAAUGACUUACAGGAUCUACCCAACUCCGAACGCGAUAGGAGGCUGGAAAAUCAGCUGCUGUUUAAUCGGGAUGGGCUGAUGUAUGUGUUACUAGCCCAGGCAUCAAACACUGGAGCAGUUGGUUUCAUGAAAGAUCUCCUAUGGAUAUGGGUGCCGAUGUUUUGCGCAUGUGGAAAACAUAAGUAUGUGGCACAUCUCUCCAAAUUCCUUCGAGAUUUACGCGACACUUGCCCUGCAAGGCUGAGCCAUACUAUCAAAAUGCAUUGGUUGUGCAAUCCAACAGGCAUGCCCGAUGGGUUUAGAGGUGUAGACUGGUGGGUAGAAUUGAAUAAUCUCUAUACAAAAGUAAUUUUUUGUGGCAAAGGCUCAAACCGAACCUUGACACACAUAAUCAAUCAGUCUUCACUGAUUGACACAUAUCGCUCAGUUCACACAAAUAUUGAGAAGAAUUUCGCUGUCACACCUAAUAGCACUCGGCACACUCCAACUAACAUGGCCAAUACACUCCAGGAACUAUGCAAGAAAAUCAGAUCCUACCAUUGCCAUUCCCUGGUCCCAGGCUCACAUGUUGAGGCCGAAGUACCAGAUAUUCUUAACGAUGGGCUAGCAGAGUACUAUCGGGUGAAUUCCAAGGAGGUCGAUCUAGAAAAAGGGGAUACAGAGUUAGGGGCCUUAGAGAUGGAUGAUCUUGAGGCGAUGUGA